AUGGGUGACCCCAUUGCGCAACAAAACAAGCUCCAACGAUGGUCUGGUCGAAUGGAUAAGGCCCUAGGCGUUGAGAGUCAAGGUAUCACGCGAGUUCCGGAGGAGUUGCGGGCGAGGAAAGUGGUGACAGGCGAUUACGUCCACAUGUUUGUUAUGUGGUUUUCGAUCAACUGCACCGCCAACCAGAUGACUUUGGGAAUCUUGGGUCCUGUGGCUUAUGGAUUGGGUUUCACUGAUUCUAUAAUAUGCUGCAUGUUCGGGACCAUAUUUGGUGCUAUGUGUUCUGGAUACCUCUCUUCCUUUGGACCCCAGUCAGGUUUGCGGACACUGAUCAUCGCUAAGUACACCAUGGGAUGGUGGCCUUCAAAGCUUUGCGUUUUGCUCAAUUUAGUCAUUGAGCUUGGCUAUGGAGUCAUUGAUUGCUUGGUCGGAGGUCUAAUUCUGAGCGCUGUUAAUGGCCACGGCCUGUCAGUGAUCGCGGGUAUUAUUGUCUGCGCCCUGAUCUCUUGGGUUGUCGCAACCUUUGGUAUCAAGUGGUUCCACAAGUUUGAAAGCUACGUCUGGGCUCCAACUGUCAUAUCUCUAUUCAUCCUCAUUGGCGUUGCUGGCCCUAAAUUCGACAUCAAUACAUCUAGUGCUGGCUCUGGUGCGGUUCUCGCUGGUAAUCGACUGAGUUAUUUCUUCCUUACUGCCUCCGGGCCCCUUGGAUGGACCUCCGCAGCAGCCGACUACUACUCUUACUACCCACCCCAGACCAACAAAUACAUAGUCUUCGCCAUGACAACGUGCGGAAUGGUCUUCGGUAAGCUGUUCAUCGAGUUCCUAGGCAUCGGUCUCGGCAGCGGACUCACUAACAACCCUGACUUCGCUGCCGCUUUCUCAAACCACGGCGUUGGCGCCCUCAUCGUCGAGGCAUUCGCACCCCUAGGCAACUUUGGCAAAUUCUGCGCCGUCAUCCUCGCCAUCUGCGUCACGGCCAACAACAUUCCCGGGACAUAUGCCGCUGCUCUCAACUGGCAGAUGUUUGGACGGUGGUUCGCUAAGGUUCCGCAACCCAUCUGGAGCACAGUAACGGUCAUCAUUUAUACCGCCUGCGCAAUUGGUGGUCGUGAUCAUUUGUUCUCGAUCUUCAUCAACUUUUUGAGCAUUAUUGGGUACUGGACUGUGGGCUGGGUCGCUAUGACUAUUGAAGAGCAGUGGAUCUUCCGUCGCAAGUCCGGCUACAACUGGUCCCACUGGAAUGUGAAGUCGGCUCUGCCUAUCGGCUACGCUGCUUUCGUCGGCUUCGCCGUUGGAUGGGUAGGUGCUGUGAUGGGGAUGUACCAGACUUACUACACUGGUCCUAUCGCGAAGCUUGUUGGUAAUGGUGCUGAUCUGGGAAUCCCGCUUGCCAUGUCCUGGGCAGCUAUAGUAUACGCUCCGUUGCGCCUUUUAGAGUUGAAGUUAGUUGGACGUUAG